AUGGAUGCUUCAAUAAAGUCGCCGUCGUCUUAUGGCACGCCACAUUUCUCCCGCAUUCGAUCCUUCUUUUCAGCCAGCAGAUAUGAUAGCAAUCACCACUCGACAAGCAGUACAACCAUCCACGGCUUUAGCAUGCCCAAUGAUUUUGGUGAUUUACAGCAUCAAAAGGGUCUCAAGAGCAACAGCUGGUUCUCAUCAUCAGUAUCUACCAUUGUAAACAAGAGCAGCAACAGCAGCAGCAGCAACAGCAGCAUCACAAGCCAUAAAUCACCGCCACCCACACCUGCCAUUCCUCCUUCUAGUACUAUCGUUAUCGGUGACACGAUUAAAAAGCCAUCUCCUUCUUUAUAUACACUCGACCGCAAAGUGCUAUCGGCCACAAAGAACAUGCAUCGACGCUCUUAUGCCGCCAACAGUGUCAAGAUCAGACAGGUGGAAGUAGGUCCCAGCAGUUUCUCCAAGAUCCGUAUGCUGGGUAAAGGCGAUGUUGGUCGAGUGUAUCUUGUCAAACAAAAGGGCACCGAUAAAACCAUGGCUAUGAAGGUGCUUUCCAAAAAGGAGAUGUUGCGAAGAAACAAGGUGAAACGAGUGCUAGCAGAGCAAGAGAUCCUGUCAAGCGCCAAUCAUCCCUUCAUUGUGUCAUUGUAUCAUUCAUUUCAGAGUCAGGAUCAUCUGUACUUUGUCAUGGAAUACUGUCUUGGUGGCGAAUUCUUUAGAGCAUUGCAGUCAAGGCCUGGAAAAUGUCUGACGGAAGAAGGCGCUAAAUUCUACGCUGCAGAAGUCAUUGCUGCUCUGGAAUACCUUCAUUUACAGGGAUUUAUUUAUAGAGAUUUAAAGCCUGAAAAUAUAUUAUUACAUCAAAGUGGACAUCUCAUGCUCACCGAUUUCGAUCUGAGCAAGCAAUCAUUUCCACCUGCUCCACCCGGCAUUGUAAAAUCAAAUUCUCCUCAUAUUCCGCCUUCCAUUGACACCAAAUGCUGUAAUUCACAUCUAAGGACCAACAGUUUUGUUGGCACAGAAGAAUACAUUGCUCCAGAAGUCAUUCGCAGCUGGGGCCACUCAAGCAGUGUGGAUUGGUGGACGUUGGGUAUCUUGAUCUACGAAAUGCUUUAUGGUACAACACCCUUCAAGGGGUCGAAUCGCAACGAAACUUUUUACCACAUUAUGAAUUCAGACAUCAGCUUUCCUCCAGCACAUAAAAAGCAACCGCAGGCGGUUUCCAACACAUGCAAAAACCUGAUACGUCGUCUACUGGAUAAACAAGAGGCUAAAAGACUGGGAACCAGAGCAGGUGGUGCUUCUGAAGUGAAAGCGCAUCCCUUUUUCAAGUCGCUUAAAUUUGCUUUAUUGCGACAUAUGACUCCGCCUAUUGUGCCUGGUGCGACGGCACCAUCCACCUUCUAUCGCCCACCUCCUUCCCAGCACCAUCUCAAUCAAAAAGACACUAGCUUGGAUCUGGACGCAGAUGAGGCAAUCUCAAUCACUGCUCAUGGCGAGUUUCAGAGCCUGCAUGUGCAGGAUCCGUUUGCCAAGUUUAAUUCAGUGACAUUGUAUCAUGAAGGCGACUCUGAUUCAGAGACAAUUGCUCUCAGUAGCGAUGAUGAAAAUGACGGUGAUGUCGAAAAUGAAAAGUUUUAG